AUGGACGCCUCCCAGUACCACUCGAAUCCGAUGAACACGAACAAUUCGCCCUACUCGUCCCUUCCCGGCAUCUCUCCGCAUCAGCUUCAACACAAUGCAAACCUCCCUCCCCAUACGUUACCCCCCCUCCAGCCUCAGCAUACCGCAAUCCACAUGUAUGGCAGCGCACCCCACACGCCACGGACACCCGCCACCCCCAAUACGCCUGGAUCUGCAAAUACGUUAGGAAAUUUUCCACAGAUGGGGACGCAGUCAAGGGGCUACCAGAUGAUGCCGGCAAACAAUUAUCAGCAACAGUCGCAACAGUACCGCACGUCGUCUUCAAUCUUGCCCCAGUCUUCGACUGCAAUGUCCCAUCCUCAGCCUAUUGCUCCGGCACCGGCGCAAAACCGCAUGCCGCAGGCUUUGAGGCCUAUGCCCCCGAAUGGCUUACAGCAUAUGCAAUCCGCCAUGUCCUCGCCGUAUGGUCAACCAAACAUGCUUUCUCAAUCGUCUAUGUUAGAUAACCUUGAGCCGCCGACACAUGUUGUAGGUUCCCAAGGACGUAGAGGGAUCUUGCCAAGUGCUCCAGGCAGACCAGCUGUUACAGCAACUGGUACUGGAUCUACCAAGAAUGCCAUGAUCCCUGCCAAAGAUGCUGAUGGAAAAUUUCCUUGUCCUCACUGUACGAAGACUUAUCUCCACGCCAAACACUUGAAGCGUCAUUUGCUUCGUCAUACUGGAGAUCGUCCGUACAUGUGCGUUCUUUGCCGAGAUACUUUCUCUCGCAGUGAUAUUUUGAAGCGCCAUUUCCAGAAAUGCUCCAUACGUCGGGGUAAUCCCACCGGAGCGAGUCAUCUAUCGCACGCGCAAGCGCAUCUGAAAAAGUCCCAUCCAGGACCUCACAAGAGUACGCCCUCGAUGUCAAAUGAGAACGAGAUGAUGGGUUCGAACGGCAUGAACAACUUGACUGACCCGGCAUUGCAUCCAUUUGGAGUGAUCCCUGAUGGAAGCAUGCCCGAUGCGAGUUCCAGCCUGACCGACGAGCAAGCGGAGCAGUUGUCCCGAUCGAAUAGUCUAAAGAGACUUAGUACAGGUGGAGGAAGAGAUGGUCGAAGCAUGACGGGUCCCGGCCCAGGAGGCUCGAGCAGAGCAGGCUUUGAUCAAAGCUAUGCUGGAGGAAUAGCGAGUACCAUGCCUCCCGGUAUGAAUCCUUCACUCGCAUUCAGUAUGCCCAACGGUCAGAAUGGUCACUCAUAUAGUCAGAACUAUGAUUUCGCCGGCAACGGCAACACCAUGCAGCCGCAGUCCGUCGCGGACUUGCAGAAUCUAUCGAACGGACGAAUAGCCACAGUGCCAGUCUUCACCGGCUCAACUGCUGGUGAUCCGCAAAUGUGGUCACAAAUGUUUCAGCCCACGACCCAAGAUGGAUUCAUGAGCCCGUAUAACCCAAACAUGUCAAAUUCGCAGGCGCAGAUCAAGCAGGAGACGAACCCAAAUGGUCUUUUUCCAGGAGGCUACCCUUCCAACGGCUCGAAUUCCCAGGGGUCCCUUAAGCAGGAGGCCACUGGAAACGGUCUCUUUCCUGGGGGCUACCCUUCCAACAGCUCGAACCCACAGGCACCGAUGAAGCAGGAGACUAAUACCAACACAAACGGUCUCUUCCCUGGGCAGUAUCCUUCCAAUGGCUCGAAUUCACAGGGUUCCAUCAAGCAAGAGGCCAAUACAAAUGGUCUCUUUCCUGGGGUGUACCCUUCCAACGGCCUCAAUCCAAGCUCAGACUUACCUAACUGCCACUUCCAAGACGAUCCUCUCGAACAAAUCUCCAACCGCCUGGUCUAUUUCUGCUUCCCUCCAAAUAGCCCAAUGAGUAGCCGAAGCAGCGAAAUGAGGAAAUUUCUUUCUGCAGAUAACAUAAAGGAGUUCCUCGAGCAGUUCUGCAGCUUCCAAAGCCAUUUCCCCGUCAUACACAUGCCGACUUUCCGCAUAUCAGAAGCUUAUAACGGCCUGCUUCUCGGAAUGAUCUGCAUCGGAGCCGUCUAUUCCGAACGCAUGACACCAUCACAAGUCCGUGAGAUGAUGGAGCUGGCUAAAGUUGCAAUAGGAAGGAACUCAGAGGUCUAUGCAAUUAUCCUACAAGAAAAUAAUGGAAACAGUUAUGGGAACGAGCGCAUAGGAUCAACCAAUUCGGAAAUCGAACAGAUCACUGCUAUAUUCAUGAUGCAGGUCCUUUUUACUUGGCAUGGCACACCGGUGCAGCGCGAGAAAGCUCGAAGGGAAUUUCCUUUGGUUGUUGCGUUCGCAAGAAGGGCCGGCCUUACACAGCCAAUGACUACCACUCCUCUCAGUGUUCUGCACCAGCACAAUGUGUCAGUUGAGCACUUCAACGCAGCAAGUUUUGAUUGGAGCGCAUGGGUAGAGCAAGAGAAACGUUCCCGACUGUUAUACACGAUAUUCCUGUUCGAUGUUGCAAUGACACUCUAUUUCAAUAUUGAGCCAUUGUUCAACUCUUACGAAAUUCAAAUACCACUACCUGCGGAUGACGCUGCGUGGGACUCGAGAACUUCCGCUGAGUGUGCACAAGCACUUAGUUUGCAUGGCCCGGUCGCUGCACGAGACAGAAACCCCGAAGGAACUCGUCGAUCGAAACAGCCUGAAAUGGACACCGCGCUGAAAGCACUGAUGCAUAACGUCUACGACCUCCAACCCGGCACCACCAACCUCUUUUCAAAAUUCAUCUUGGUGCAUGCUCUUCACGUACAAUUAUGGCUCGCCCAGCGGCAACUGUCCAACGAGUCCGCGCAGUUGAAUUCCCAGGCUCUUGCUUUUCCAUCUAGUGGGGCAAGUACGCCAAUGAGCCAGAACGAUUGGGUCAUUAGAAACGUUGAUCCUGCGGGUAGCAGUGUUUCAAGUAAUAAUACAAGCGGAAGGGUCACGCCUGUGGAGGCGGAUAUGCAGCACUUCCUGCAGCGCAUUAAUACUGCGUUAGACAAGUGGAAGAAAGCAUGGGAUAAGGACAUGGCGGCGCAAUUCCCGCCUCAGUCCAAAAAUCCCCGCCGGCUCGGAUUCUGUCGAGACGGAACUCCAUUUUACUACCUUGGCAAAUUUUUGAUGCAGAGUGGGUCUGAUUCGCGGGUGGCCCCAGACCAGCGCUUCACCCAAAUCAUGAAUCUGAUAAAAUCUAUCAGACAUCAUGUGGUUACGGACAGUACGAACCGAGGCGAGCAACUUGGUUCAGUGAGCGAUAUUGAUCAAGAUUACGGCGUUACGAAUUUAACAUUAGACAUGGCCCAACUUUUCAAACCGAUCAACAAGCAACUCGAUUCUUCUGUGGCUGGCGUACAUACGAACAUCGGGGGUGGCAUGAUAGAGACGAUUGGGCGGUCAACUUUAUAG